CAAGACAGGAAUAUGUCUGAUAAAUCAACGUCAAUGGACAACGAAAUUCAAAAGGAUGAACUCACAGCAUUAGAAAGUAUUUAUAACGAAGAAGAAUUUUCGUAUCGCAGUGAACAUGAUCAGUAUGAAAUAACGCUGAAAGUGUUUUUAAAUCUUCCUGAAAAUUAUUUUUUUACUUACAAAGACACUCGUCAACAUAAUCAACACACAGAAAAAGUCAAUAUCUCUCAUUUACCACCGUUAACAUUAUUAGUUACAUUGCCAGCAGAUUAUCCAUCAAUUUCAUCGCCAAAGUUUACACUUAGGUCUUCAUGGUUAAAUCCAUCUUCCAUAUCCAAACUUUGUAAGAAAUUAGAUAAACUGUGGGAGAACAAUAAAGGUCAAGAGGUAUUGUUUACAUGGAUUGGUUUCCUCCAAUCUGAAACUCUGGAAUUUUUAAACAUACAAGAAUGCAUUAACAUAAAUCAUGCUUAUACAUUUUAUAAAAUGAGUUUGGAAAAAACACAAGUGAAAGACAAUCUAAUUAACAAUGAAAAUACCACAAGUGCCAGUGAAAAUUGUAAAGUGAAUAACAUACAAGAAGAUAGUGCUUCGAGCGCUAGUCAUAAUAAAAAAGGCAAAAAGAUUAGUGUCAGAAAAAAAACUAAAAAAGUUAAAAAUAAAAGAACAUUUGAUAGACGAGCUGUGACUGAUAUAAUUGUUGGAAGAAAUCCUGUUCAAAUGCUGAUGGAUUAUAAUGAACUGCGUAAUCAGAUUGAAUUCAGAAAAAAUUUUUAUUCUUGUAAAAUCUGUUUUACAGAUAAAUUAGGAGAACAUUGUACUCAAUUUUUACCAUGCAAUCACAUUUUUUGUAAGGAUUGUAUACUUGGCUAUUUUGUUGUUAAAAUUAAAGAAGGUACAGUACAAAAUAUUUUAUGCCCUGAAGAUAAAUGCAAAUCUGAAGCUACACCUGGUCAAGUCAAAGAUCUUGUAUCACCUGAGUUAUUUUCGAAAUAUGAUUCCAUAUUACUGAACACAACUUUGGAUACCAUGACUGACAUAAUUUAUUGUCCUCGUAAAAGUUGUCAGUAUCCAGUAAGCAGAGAACCAGAUGAAACAAUGGCUCACUGCCCUGUUUGUCAGUAUGCAUUUUGUAUUUUCUGUAAAGCUGUGUAUCAUGGAAUUGAGCCAUGUAAAACUAACACAGCUGAAAAACAAAAUCUUGUUAAGGAAUAUGUAGAUGCUUCAGAUGAAAGGAAAGCUGAGCUAGAGUUACGUUACGGUAAAAAGCAAUUACAAACUCUUGUCGAAAAUACUAUGUCUGAAAAUUGGAUAGAUAGAAAUAGUCAAAACUGUCCUAAAUGCGAUGCAGCUAUUGAGAAAUCAGAUGGCUGUAAUAAAAUGACGUGCUGGAAAUGUAAAACGUUCUUUUGUUGGAUGUGUAAAGCUAAAUUAAAUCACGAUGACCCUUACCUUCAUUAUCGUGAUCCAAAUUCUAAAUGCUUUAAUAUGUUGUAUCACGGUAUGGUGUUUGAUGAGGAAGAGGAAGAUUACGGUGAUUUUGUUGUUUUGUUUGAAACAGAUUCAAGCGAUGAUAGUUAUGGUGGUUAUGAUCGUUACUCCGAUGACUAUGACGAUGAUGAAGACGACUACAUUGAUAUAGAAGCUGAUUAGUUUCAUCCGCUUUGUUUGUUUUUUUUGUUUGUUUUUUUCUUUUGAAAUGUUGAACCGAUAAUUUUUUAAUCCACACCUUACUACCGCUAAUUUUACAAUUGCUAGAUAAUUUAUAUUUUAUAUGAUUUAAAUUACUUUUUUUUUAAUUAUAUAGUUUUGAACAAAUCAACAGCUUGUACAGGAACAAAUCAUAUUAGUUAUUUAAAAAAUUAAAUGUUCCAAUACAAAAUAUUUUCUCUGUUGUAAAUUUGUGCGUUGUAAAUACCUGCAUCUUAUAUAUUUUUAUUGG